CAGUUGCAUGCCGAAUCAUCUCGGACCUUCCGCAUCCUCGACUGGGACAAGGACGGCUCACGGCAGAGCAGAUUGGAGCCUUAUGCAUGGACUGCGCGCAUCCACGUUUUGCCAGGAGACCAGGAGGUGUCGUCGUUAAGAGGCAACCGAUUCUCAUCCUCUUCAACAGCCAGCUCCAACACGGGCUGGCCCUCGUCACUCGUUCCAUCCGGUCAUUUGCGCCGACAGAACCUGCUAGUGCAAGAAAUGAGCAUCGCCACGGCUCGAGUCCACGCCGAUGUUCCCAGCCGUGAGGUGCGCUUCCUCGUGGACGGCGUCGUGAUUUCACCCUCCGAAUUGCAGGCCGACACGUGUCCUCAAGGCUUUGAGAAGACGCGCGUCACGCGCCGAUCCCCCACAAGGAUCGGCUCGGAAUCUCGCGUUAAUUCGGGAUAUUAUUGCCGAGAUAUCGACGAAUGCAGUUCUACCCAACUCAACAGCUGUGAGCACAUCUGCGAGAACACGGUUCCGUUCUUCACCUGUGCCUGUUGGGCCGGAUAUCGACUGUCAGUGGACGGACAUUCUUGCGUCGACAUCGACGAGUGCGUGGAGGGCGUCAUAGCAGCGGACGGAGACUCUGUCAACCGCGUGAGUUGCCUGCUCCUCUGUAAGGCUACAGGGUUCGAGACCAGCCCUCGGGCUUUGGUGCUGAGUGUCUGGUAUUGGCUGGCCUUGGCGACUGACUGA